UCCCAGUUCUCCGUCUCAGCGCAAUCCUCGACAAGCCCCUCCCUCUCGCAGCGCCUGGAAGCCCGCCUGCCACAGCCCACGCCGGCUCCGGCCCCGAAAGCUUCCGCCCACAGCUCCCCCAUUUUCGCAGACACGCGCCAUGGCGAACGCGCCCAUCUCCAUCCCGCAGCUGCGCGCAAAGGUCAACGAUCUCAGCGCCGCGCUAGAUGCCGACGCCGAUCUGGAGAGGUGCGCUUCUAUGCUCCUCGAGUGCAAGAUCGCCCUCACUACCCUCCCGGGUUUGCAACCUGGCGUCCCGAUUUCACAGGAUAUUCUACCUGACAUCACGCUAGCUCGCGAUGUAUACGAAAUCGCCACUCUGCUGAGCCUCAAGCAAGAGGAUGAGGUCGCGUUCGAGCGACACGUGGCCCAAGCCAAGACGUACUAUGUGGACUUUGGGACUGUGAUCCCCCCGUCCGGCCGCCAAAAUCUCAUCCUUGGUCUGAAUCUGAUGCGACUCAUGGCUCAAAAUCGGAUCGGCGAGUUUCACACCGAGUUGGAGCUCGUCCCCAGCGACGCGCGUGAAGACACGUACAUCAAGUAUGCGCUGAAACUGGAAAACUGUCUCAUGGAGGGAUCUUAUUCAAAGAUUCGCGAAGAAGGGAUUUCCGCGCCGCACCCGUCGUUUAACUUUUUUGUGGACAACCUCAUGAUUACCGUGCGCGAGGAAAUUGCAGACUGCAGCCAGAAGGCGUAUACGAGCUUGGCGGCGGACUCGGCGAUGCGCAUGAUGUCGAUCGCGUCCGAGGAGGAGUUGCAGGAGUUUUGUGAGGGGAGGAAUUGGAGAUUAGAAGGUGGCUUCAUCUACUUUUCUGCAAAGGAUGCUGGAAAGGGUGAUGUUGAACAGAUCCCGUCGUCGGAGAUGAUUAAGAGGUCUUUGGUGUACGCUAGGGAACUGGAGCAAAUCAUUUAAAGUGUUCUUGUAUAUUCUGAAAUAUACGCGGGCGGGCGGGGGGAGGAGGGGGUUGGCACAAGAACGGUUAUUGAUUUGUAUAAAACUGGUGUGUGCUGGUUGUUGUUAAGUUAAUUACGUCUUAAUACGGAGGGAACAUCUCUCCUUCUUUCCCCGCGUCGAGCAGAGAGGAUAUAUGCGGAACACUGGGGAAGUGGAUUGCAAGUCGCAGUUGCCCAACAGACAGCGCAUGUAGUGUAUAUGCACAGGUUCGGGUCGGUUGAUGCCAUUUAUGAGCCCCAACCUGUGGACGUGUGUAAAUUGCGUGAUUUGUAAA